CGACCCCACCCCGGACUGUCGUGUUUCCGUGGCCGGCAGGUGGACGGACGGACGGACGGACGGUGGUCAAGGCGCGAUGGCAGCCGAGGCAGUGGACACGGAGCUGAUCCGGGUGCUAGUGGAAUGCACCCUGGCCAUCAUUAAACCCGACGCUGCUCACAAGGAGCUGGAGAUCGAGGAGAUCAUCCUGCAGUCCGGUUUCCUCAUCGUCCAGCGGAGGAAGCUGCACCUCAGCCCCGAGUUGGCCAGCGAGUUCUACAGCCAGCAGAGCGGUCAGCUCUCCUUCCCCAGCCUGACCGCCCAUCUCUGCUCCGCGCCGCUGGUCGCCCUCCUCCUGGCCCGAGACUCCGCCGUGCAGCGCUGGAGAGAUCUACUGGGACCUGUCGACAGUCAGCGCGCCCGGGAGACCCACCCCAGGAGUCUCAGGGCGAUCUAUGGGACAGACAAGAUCAGGAACGCGCUGCACGGCAGCGACUGCUUCACCGCGGCCGAGCGAGAAAUAUCCUUCAUCUUCCCCAACACCACUAUCGAGCCGUUCCCCAGUAGACAGGCGGCUGAGAACUAUCUGAGCAAGUACGUUAAUCCCACCUUGCUGAAGGCGCUGACCCAGCUGUGUAAACUCAAGCCCACCAACCCUGUGGUAAGUGGCGCCUGGCAGCGAUCGCUGCCCUUGCACGGACCUGGCAGAAUCCUCUCAGCCUGCUGCUUCUUGGCUUGGGUCACCACCAAAGAUACCAGAGGAGCCUUUGGUCACCACUAA